UCUCUUCGCCUCUUUAUAAGCCUCGCCCCGCCGGUGCCCAUCGCAGAGGGAGGAGGUCAUAGCUAGGGUCAGAGAGGGAGAUGGUGUCGAGGGAGCAAAAGAGAGCUGCACUCCAUGAGAAGCUACAACUCCUCCGCUCACUCACCAACUCUCAUGCACUGAGGAAGUCCUCGAUCAUUUUGGAUGCCUCAAAAUACAUCCAAGAUUUGAAGCAGAAAGUUGGGAGAUUGAAGCAAGAGAUUAAUGCAUGCACACAGAGCCAAGUGCUGCAAAAUAACAACGGCUCCCUGUGCUCGCCUCAGGUGAUCGUUGAAACCCUAGAGAAAGGGUUCCUGAUCAACGUGUGCUCAGAGAAGAGCUGCCCCGGACUGCUUGCUUCAGUCCUAGAAGCGUUCGAGCAGUUGGGUCUUCAUGUGGUGGAAGCAAAGGCCUCCUGCACUGAUGCAUUUCGUCUAGUGGCUGUUGGAAGAGAAGCUGAAAGCAUGGAAGCGCAAGCGGUGAAGGAAGCAGUGCAGCGUGCCGUCAGUUGUCUCUAUGGAGAAGACAGUGAAGAAGACAUGGAUGAUAAUUAAUUUAUAUCUCCCUGAUUAAUUAUCAUAAUUAUGACCAAAUUAAAUGCGUGUGCAUGAAUGUUCUUCGUUCUGAUCCUCUCGUUCAAAGUUUUGAGGGGCUUGCGAAAGUCCUUUCAUGAAGGGAGAGGAUACUCUAUGCUUAAUUGUGUAAUCCAUCUACAAAUUAAAUUCAUGCCUGAUCAAAUUAAGUGUGAUUAAUUAA